UAUGCGGGCGAGUUGCAGGAGGGUCGGCCCGAGGGACGCGGCGUCUGGGGGAGUUUCGGCGGCACCGUCUACGAGGGCGAGUGGAAGGCGGGUGUGCGCGAGGGGCGCGGCGUCUACCGGCACGCCGACGGCAACGUCUACGACGGCGAGUGGAAGACGGAUAAGAGGGAGGGGCGCGGCGUCGAGCGGUACGCCGACGGCACCGUCUACGAGGGCGAGUGGAAGGCGGACGAGAGGGAGGGGCGCGGCGUUAUGCGGUUCGCCAGCGGCGACGUUUACGAGGGCGAGUACGAGGCGGACAUGCCGCAGGGGCGCGGCGCCAUGCAGUACGUCAACGGCGAUACCUACGACGGCGAGUGGAAGGCGGGCAAGAGGGAUGGGCGCGGCGUCUACCGGUACGCUGACGGCAGCGCGGAUACGGCCUUCUACAAGCAGGAAGCGAAAUACGAGGGCGAGUACAACGCGGCGGGAGAGCGCGAGGGGCGCGGCGUCAUGCGGUUCGCCGACGGCGACAUCUACGAAGGUGAGUGGAAGGCGGGCUUGUUUGAGGGGCGCGGCGUCUACCGGCACGCAGACGGC